UGCGACAGAAGUUUAACCCUUAAAUGACAGUCUAGAGUUUUGUGAACACUAUUCAGUUGGUUUAAAUUCAUUUAAAGUAUGUGUUGCGUAGAGCAAAGCCAAAAUACAAUGUCCGCGCAUGUGGGCGCAGGGUCGCACAAGGUUAAGAGAUUGCUGUUUCACCUUAACAGAGUAAGUCCUUGCUUUUUUAUUUAAUUUCCAUCAAGAGUAUCACAAGUGAAGACUUGGCUUGUUUGUAAGAUAUUUUUAUUUAUUUAGUUAAAUAUGCAUAUAUCAGCUGGGCUUGACCUAGGCGAUAUGAUUUUUCUGUAUUAUAACAUCGUGCUCUACCAAUUGGGGGUACAGUACAGGUCCAUGUUGAGUUUUUUUCUCCUAAUUUCUUGGGUAUUUUGGAUGCUUUCUGCAGAAACCUUUGUUAUUCUAUCAACACAUUUGUGUGUGUGUGUGUGAGGGAGUGAAAGUGUCUAUAUACCCUCUCCUCUGUCUCCCCGAUGAGUGAUCUGUCCUCUGAUUGGUCAGCUGUGGGCAGGGUACAGUAAACAGACUCCUCUUGGGUUUCUGUGGCUGCACUCUCCCAUUAAUCAGUAAGAGAGACUCAAACAACGACUGCAUUCUUGCAACCCAGACAUGAGGAACCUGCUCACCACUCAGGACCAGAACUUCUACCGUGAGCUGAUUCUUAAGGAGGCCUACACACGACUGGCAUGGAAGAUGAAAUACAGCAAGGAAUAUCCGACUAGAUUCACAACUCGCAGGUCCAAGUCAAUUGAGCCGUUUAACCCCCCGUCUGCCAGUAAACUCGUACUGCCUCCUGUGGUCCAAACGCAGGAGAAGAAACGAGGAGCCCCUGUGUUGGUGCAGCGGUCCCUGAGUGAGGCCCCUCUGAUGAGGCCUGUGAGCCCACACACCAAAGAGUCUCUCUACCAUGGCUUCUCCAAAGAAGGCAAAGGACGACAUCUGUAUCUGCGAAAACGUGCCCAAAAAGACCCGGAGAAUAAAUUUGACUAUCCAAUUCUGUCGUCCUGGGACUAUGGUUGGAGGUUAGGUGACUAUGAGAUGGACUGCAAGACGCCAGCCCAUGGGAGAUCUGGGAUUGUGAGGAGCACAUUCUACGCCAGGAAUGGCAUUUUUAAUAUUCCCACGGCAACAGAUCAGUUUGGAUGAAAUGUCACCAUCUUUCUCG